GCGGGCGGGCGGGCGACGCCGAUGGAAUCGGGGUGGAGAAUGAUGUACGAGGGGGCGGUGGUGGCGGGCUCGCUCUCGCUGCUAGGGUGGGGUGGGCUCUGGUUCUUGAACAGGCGGCUGUACAAGGAGUACGAAGAGAAGCGCGCCCUCGUCCAGAUCCUCUUCAGCCUCGUCUUCGCCUUCUCUUGCAACCUCUUCCAGCUCGUGCUUUUCGAGAUCCUCCCCUUUCUCUCUAAGAAGGCUAGAUGGAUCAAUUGGAAGAUCGACCUGUUUUGUUUGAUCAUGUUGCUGGUCUUUGUAUUGCCAUAUUACCAUUGUUAUUUGAUUCUUCGCAACAGCGCGGUUAGAAGAGAACGAGCAGCAUUUGGAGCUAUCUUGUUCUUACUUGCAUUCCUAUAUGGUUUUUGGCGUUUGGGAAUCCACUUUCCCAUGCCUUCUCCAGAAAAAGGUUUCUUCACAAUGCCUCAAUUAGUUAGCAGAGUUGGUGUGAUAGGUGUUACUGUGAUGGCUGUUCUCUCUGGCUUUGGAGCUGUCAAUCUACCAUAUAGUUAUUUAUCCUUAUUCAUCAGGGAGAUUGAAGAAUCAGAUAUUAAAGCUUUAGAGAGGCAAUUGAUGCAAUCAAUAGAGACCUGUAUUGCGAAGAAAAAGAAAAUUAUUUUAUCGCAGAUGGAGAUGGAGCGGAUUCAGGGGUCGGAAGAGAAGCUAAAAGCUAGUUCUUUUAUCAGGCGCAUAGUUGGAACAGUUAUUCGAUCUGUGCAAGAAGAUCAAAAGGAGCAAGAUAUCAAAACUUGGGAAGCCGAAGUACAAGCUUUGGAAGAGCUUUCAAAGCAGCUGUUCCUAGACAUAUAUGAACUAAGGCAAGCUAAGAUAGCAGCUGCUUAUUCUCGAACUUGGAGAGGGCACUUACAGAAUUUACUUGGCUAUGCUUUGUCAGUUUAUUGUGUUUACAAAAUGAUUAAGUCUUUACAAAGUGUUGUUUUCAAGGAGGCUGGUUUUGUGGACCCAGUGACAAUGACAAUCAGUAUAUUCUUGCAAUUUUUCGACAUAGGAAUCAAUGCUGCUCUUUUGUCACAGUAUAUAUCUUUGUUAUUCAUCGGUAUGUUGAUUGUCAUUUCUGUCCGAGGAUUCCUGACCAAUCUCAUGAAGUUCUUCUUUGCUGUUUCUAGAGUUGGAAGCGGGUCAUCUACAAAUGUCGUCCUUUUCCUGUCUGAAAUAAUGGGCAUGUACUUUGUCUCGUCUAUCCUUCUGAUAAGAAAAAGUCUAGCAACUGAAUACAGGUUGAUCAUCACAGAUGUUCUGGGAGGCGACAUUCAGUUUGAUUUCUACCACCGUUGGUUCGACGCAAUAUUUGUGGCCAGCGCCUUUCUUUCUUUACUUUUACUCUCUGCACAAUAUACCUCACGUAAAGCAGAUAAGCACCCCAUCGACUGAAAUUUUGGUAGGCAUCUUGAUGUAAAUAUGUGACAAUUGAUCUUCAUAGUUACCAUUUAUCAUUCUUUUCCAUGUAUUAUUCAUUCAAUCUUUGAGUCCCCUAGUGUUUAUGAUGUUGGUUAAAAUGAUAAUACACGAGGAAACUGUCAUUUCAGAACUCGGCUACAGCUCGUAGUCAUUACAUAUCAACAUUCUACCCUUUUAAUUGUGUUUCUAAUCUUUUAUA